UUUUUAACCCAUCACAACUCUGAAUAGUAGAUGGUUUAUUGAUUGUGUUGAUCGUCCCACCUUUGGGUUGUUUUCUGCUUGUGGGGAUGACGGUGACCUUUGUAUUUUCUUUUUCUCUUUUUGUAUUUCUCUUCCUAGAAUAUGUUUGUUGUGGGGGUUCAGGUUGGUGAUUGAGAAGGGUUUUUGAUUAACUUGCAAGGGCCUAAGAAAUUCUUUUUGUCAACCCACGAGCGUUAUUUGGUGUAUAACUAUCUUUCCAUUUGCUAGAUAGUGAAUUAGGGCUUGCUGCCUGCUUGAUGAUCCUUAUAAAACUCAUGAAAUGAUUCUCACCUUUACAGAAGACCCAUAACAGUUGUUGGCUGAAUGAUACUGUCCAGUGAUUUGAAAGGAAUCGACGUGUUUUGAGAUGGGGUUCUCACAUAUGGAAAAGGGUCAUUGGAUUUGUUGUUUUGAUUAUCCUUUUGUAGGCUGAUUUGAUUAGGUUUUGUUUAAUUAUAAAGAUGCAUUGGAGCAGUAAUUUAGGGGGUGAUGGUCUGUUUUUAAAUGGGUUGUACCAAUUUGAGAGUGUCUAUUUAAAUCAAUUGUUUACUGGCAUAAUUUGGAAGGAAUGACACCCCAAUCUGGAGAAGGUUUAUUCAGAUUAGCAUGUGUGUUCUUUGGUCUGAGAUUGUAGUUGUUAUUCGUCAAGAGUUUUUAUUUUUUUCUCGGACUUAAUUUAAUAAUUUCUUUUAUUUUCAUUGAUUUCAUUCUUAUCCAGGGAGGUGUUUGUACAUGCUGAUGGAUUUCAUGUCUGUAUGGGUUUGUAAAUCAUAAUUUUUUCCAUUGAUGCUGAUGGGGUCACUAUUGAUCCAGUAUAGACCUUUGGUUCAUCCGAGUUGGGAAAAGAGUUGGCUGUAAACUACUAAACCGUAAUUUUCAACUUUAUUUUUUGCAAUGCAAGCAGCACAGUACAUAAGAGUAUGAUUCCUCUUUUGGUGAAGAAGAGGAGCAGGCUAAAGUGCUGGAGGUUAGUUGUAGCCUUAACAAUGUGGUAUGCAAGCUGAAACUGAAAAACUACAAGCAGGCUGAGAAUAUAAUCAGAACACUGUAUGGUAGUAUUGUCAUGAUUCGUGGGUUUUUAAAGAAUGCAAACACUCACUUGAAGAUUCAUCGUGGGUUUCUUGGCUGAUAAUUGUUGGUGUUUAUACAGGAAGUAAUAUGAUGUUGGAUGUAGGGUGUAAUAUGAUCUUCCAUUAAAGUAUGACAUGAAGAUGUUUGACUUUUAAAAUAUUUGGUUCAUAAAAUAAAUUAUCAUUACAUGGAGUUGUUCGAUUUUUAAAAUCUUUCUUCCAUGAAAGAAUUAUAUGGUUGAACUCAAGUUUUUGUUGUUUCAUAAAUUGUUCUUGUAAGCGUCUAUUUGUAGCAGUUUGUAAGUGUUUAUUUAUAGCAGCUUGUUGAGUUCUUAUGGUUACAAGUUUAUUUAUUUGGGAUUGUAGUUGAAUUGAUUGGAGCUCUGCCUUGUCAAUGCAGAAGCUGCGGGUUUGAGCCCCGCCAGUCCCAAGGGAUCCAAUAAGUUUGUCAAGUCUCUUUUUACCAUCCAAUACAUUUCAUUUUCCUUAUCCUUCAUGGUCAUUAUUCAACUUGCAAGAUUUUCUCUCAAGAUAUGUUGGAUGUUAAAAAUAUCUAUCGCACAAAAUGAUGAGGUGAUAUUUAGUUAUUAUUUUCUUUGCAGUAUGGAGCUUGCAACUUUUUGAUUAACGAAAGAGACGAGAAUGUAUUGGCUUAUGUUGUUUAUAGUUCAGGGUUAAAAUGAGGAAUAAGAAUGAGGCUAUGAGGUCAAAUAGUUCUGGUUUAAUAUGAGAAACAAGAAGGGGGUUUGUGAGAUUAGUAAACCCCUACCUUGUUAUGGUAUCUAAUAUACUCCUUUCUCUUCUUAUAGCUUUCAUGGCACACUUGUUACACCAUCUAAAAGCUGUACAGUGACAAAAGGUCAUCGAUCAUUCCUAUCAAUCUUAGGCAUAAUUAAAACGCAUCAGUGAAGCUGAGGACUAAAGCUGAUGACAGGUUCAGAUGGACCAAGUCGCUUUUGUUCUCUUCUUUUGCAGCAUAUGCUAGAAUCUGCAGAAGGGAAAUCUGAGAAAGGGGCCAGCUCCAAUGAUGUGCCUCAUCUUGAUAAUGAAGAUGGUAUGCAGAUCAGGGAGGCACUGCAGCUGCAACUUGAUCUUCAGAGGCGUCUCCAUGAGCAGUACUCAGAGGUUCACGGCUACUUGUGCAAGAGUUCUCCACUUGCACAGCAGGCCCAGUGUGCUACAUCUUCUUCUGAGGGUGUUUCUAUUGCUUCUGCCGAUCCUGUAUCCCCAGUUCUUCACAGUAAACCCCGAAUCAGGUGGACUCCAGAUCUUCAUGAGCACUUUGUUGAGUGUGUAAAUCGCCUGGGUGGAGCUGAGAAAGCAACCCCAAAAGCCAUACUCAAGCUGAUGGAUUCAGAAGGACUGACCAUCUUUCAUGUGAAACGCCAUUUGCAGAAAUAUCGGAUUGCAAAGCACAAGCCAGGAUUUGCAGGAGGGAAAUCUGAGAACAUGGAAGGCAGUUCAUCCGUUUGAUGUUUGACUUGGACAAGAAGUUAAAGACUCUCCAAAAAGUAGAAAAUUUCAGUGCUUUGAAGAAUCUGAAGCGCCUCAUUUGACAUACAAUCUUCCUUGAAUAUCUGAGGAGCCAUGGAUGGAGUUCGUCAGGCGAGGGGAAAAGGACAUCCAUUGAGAUACGUGAUACUUACAUUUUAAUCCUUCAUUGAUUAUGUGGACAUUUUAGUUCUUUACAUGGACAUCCAUUGAGAUAUAUGAAAGUUAUAUUUUAGUUCCUCUA